AUGAGCUCUACAGUGCAGGAGACCCGGCAGGCCCAAGAACAACAACUGCAAGAUGUGGGGGAAGACCUUCAGACAGGGCCUCUCAAACUUGAGCACUUGUUAGCCAAAGGGUUGACAAAGAAAGAUUUGGACCUGUUGAAAGAAGGCGGUUUGCACACCGUAGAAUGCGUAGCCUUCGCUCCUUUGAAGACGUUGCUGGCAAUCAAAGGAAUUAGCGAGCAGAAAGCAGCCAAGUUGAAGCAAGUCAGCAAAGAGUUGUGCAGCUUGGGCUUCUGCUCAGCGCAAGAGUACCUUGAGGCGCGAGCAAAUCUCAUUAAGUUCACCACAGGAAGUGUACAGCUCGAUUCGCUUCUUAAAGGAGGCAUCGAGACAGGCAAUUUGACGGAACUCUUCGGGGAAUUCAGAACUGGCAAAACACAACUCUGCCAUACACUCGCCGUGUCUUGUCAGUUGCCAGUCGAGCAAAGUGGGGGUGAAGGAAAGUGUUUGUGGAUUGACACGGAAGGCACAUUUAGGCCCGAACGUAUCGUCUCGAUUGCGAAAAGAUUUGGCUUAGAUCCAGGCGACUGUCUGGAUAACAUAGCCUACGCCAGGGCCUACAACUGCGGUGAAACUUGUGUAAAGGGGAAGCAAGCGGCAGCCUUUGCAUGCACUGGAUUUGCUGGUUCGUGCGCUGGUUUCAUCCGCAUCUUCUUUCUUCAGUCCUUCCACCUGCAAUCCAAAGAGUCGACCCUCGUUCAUGAUAUCACAUCCCCUGAUCACCAGCUGGAGCUGCUGACGCAAGCAGGAGCAAUGAUGGCGGAGUCUCGCUUUGCCCUAUUGAUUGUUGACAGUGCCACAGGUUUAUACCGGUCCGAGUUCGCCGGACGUGGGGAGUUGGCCAGUAGACAAAUGCAUUUGUGCCGUUUUUUGCGUUGUUUGCAGCGCAUUGCAGACACUUAUGGUGUGGCGGUGGUUGUAAGCAACCAAGUUGUCGCCAAGGUGGACAACGGCCCUUCCCUCUUCAAUAGUAACGAAAAACUCCCCAUAGGGGGAAAUAUUAUGGCGCAUGCAAGCCAGACGAGGCUCUACCUGCGCAAGGGAAAGGGGGAAAGCCGCAUAUGCAAAAUCUAUGACAGUCCCAGCCUCCCCGAAGGCGAAGCUGUCUUCGCCAUCGGGGAGGGAGGCAUUGGGGACUAUGAAGACAGCUGA